AUUAAAUAAACCCAAUUGGGUUCCGGGCAUAGUUACAUUGAAAUUUGUUGAUUGUUAUUAUAAUUAAAUUUAUUAAAGUGAUAGAAUUUCGGAAUGUUUAUAUUAGAAUCAUUCUUAUCAAACAUAAGAGAUUCCGGAUUAAAUAUUUUAGAUUUUUACGUAUAUCAAAGUCAGAAUAAAAUUUAUGCAGAUUUAGUGUUUAGAAUGAUUAAGCAACGAUCUUAUUUUUUAAUUUUAAAUCUUACAUUUUUAAAGCCUUGAUUAUUAACUUUUUUAUUAUGAUACCUUUAUUAAAGAAAAGGUUACAGGAACAAAGUUUGUCUGUUAUUGAGCAUUAUUCUAAAACUUUAAAAGUUAUUGAUAGCAAAUCAGAAUAUAAUGCAUUUAUUCAUGUCAAUAAACGAGGAAUCAAUGAUGCAAUACAAUGUCAAGAAAAGAUAAAUAUGGAUAAGCCAAGACUUUUAGAAGGUAUUCCUAUUGCAAUUAAGGAUAACUUUUGUACAAAAAAUAUAACUACAACAUGUGCAUCAAUGUUUUUAAAAAAUUUUGUUCCGACAUACAAUGCAGCAAUUGUUGAAACUCUAAAAAAUGCUGGUGCUAUAAUUCUCGGAAAAACUAAUAUGGACGAAUUUGGAAUGGGUUCUGGAACUGUAGAUUCAGCAUUUGGACCAUCAAAAAAUAUUUGGCAUUCUAAACCUGAUAAAUGGCACAUUGCUGGUGGCAGUUCUGGUGGAAGUUGUGUUGCAGUUGCUUCAGGAAUAUGUGAAGUUGCAUUAGGUUCUGAUACUGGUGGUUCAAUUAGAAAUCCAGCUUCUUACUGCGGAGUAGUUGGCUAUAAACCUACUUAUGGUUUGUUAUCUCGUCAUGGCCUUAUACCUCUAGUUAACUCCAUGGAUUGUCCUGGAAUCAUAGCUAAAACUGUUGAAGAUGUAUUUAUAAUACUAAGUAUUAUUGUAAAUUCAAAAGUGUUUGAUUCAACAUGUUUAGAUGUUUGUUUGGAUACUAAAAAAUUUUAUAAGAAAUUUUCAAUAGAAAAAUGUCUUAUUGGUAUUCCAGAAGAGUAUAAUUGUAAUAGUCUAUCAGAUGAAGUUAAAAAUGCUUGGAAUUAUGUAGCUAAUAUUAUUAAUGAUUCUAAUGCUAGUGUUAAAAAGGUUUCUAUGCCAUACACCAAUGCUUCAAUUGCUACUUAUUCAGUUUUAAAUGCAUGUGAAGUUGCAAGUAAUAUGUCACGAUAUACAGGAAUUAUUUAUGGUUACCGAUCAUCAAAAAAAUAUGAAAAUCUUCAGUCUUUGAUAUCUGAGAAUCGCCUUGAAAGUUUAGGGGAAGUAGUAAGAUCAAGAAUUUUAAGUGGAAAUUAUUUUCUUUUAAAAAAGAAUUAUGAAAAGUAUUAUUCUCAAGCAUUAAAAGUUCGAAGAUUAAUAUCUAAUGAUUUUAAUAAUCUGUGGCGAUCAGACUUUGAUUUUUUGAUUACACCUACUACUUUAACUACAGCUCCAUUACUAUCAGAUUUUAAAUCUUUAGACAAUAGAACACAGUGUGCUACUCAAGAUUAUUGCACCCAACCAGCAAAUAUGUGUGGAUGUCCAGCUAUAACUAUACCAGUGAAGUUAUCAAGUGACCAAUUACCAAUUGGUAUUCAAAUUAUGGCACCAAACUUCGAUGAUAUAAAACUUUUACAAUUUGCUAGUUGGUUAGAAACAAGAUUACAGUUUUCUCAAUAUUAUUCUUGUAUUUUAUAGAAUUAGCAAUAAGUGAAAUAAUUUAUUAUACAAUAAAAUAAUUAUAAAUUUAA